AUGUAUAGAUCGCUAUACAUUAUAGCGGUAUUUAGUAUCGCAGUGUCGGGUGGGGUGGCUAUAAAUCAUGGCACAGUAAAUGAAUUAAGGGGAAAGACAUGCGAAUGGAUCAUAAAUGCCAACGACUCUGACCCGGAUAUGUUACAUCUGGACAUACAGUCCGUGCGUUUGGGAGGGAAUGACUUAUUGCGAGUCACGACACAUAACACGCGAACCCUAUUGUAUGAACACUUCGGACAGUUGUCUCCGGGGGUUAUACUCAUCACUACCCGACAUAAGGUGUUUCGGGUUGUGCUCACUCUAUCGCCGGACAGGGAUGUGGACAGGGAGUGGGAUGUCGGCUAUAACACCAAAGAUCUGAGCGCACAGUUUACCCGUAUUGACAGCGCCGAUCUGGAUUUUAAGGGAAAUGGAUUAGACUUUAAUCUACUGUUUGAGGCCAAGUCUGACACCAAAAAGUUGUUGAUGAAUGUGGCGGACAGUGAUCUCAAUGGAGGGACAGUUAGCUUCCGGUUUGUGGAGAAGUAUUCAUCGCUAAACCUAUUUGACGCAAAUCACACAAAACCCGAGUUUUUGUUCUCAAAGGGACAGCAAAUCGUUGUAAUGAUCCGCGGGUUCCGGAAAUAUGACACAAAUCCCGGGAAUGCCUUACGUUUGGACUACGAAGUUGUGGACUCCCGGUGCAGUCAAUAUAAACAGAUAACAAACCGGGACCAAUUAACAAACAUCUUACUCCCUGAUCAGCACACACUAAAGUUAUCCAGCUAUAAAUGUGCCAACAUAUUUGAACACAAACUAAAUUUCGAGAGAUUUCUACUCGAUUUGACACAUUUCUCACAAUUCAUAAACACCGGGGAUAUUAUGCGCGUAUUGGACGGCAUAUCCCGGGACUCCCAACCCAUGGCUGUCAUUGAGUCCCAACUGUUGGACACGUAUUGGAGGCAUAAGUACUUGUAUUCGACGGCAAACCGGUUGUGGAUAUCGUAUGAAUCGCAACGUGUGGUCAAUACGAGCCAACCCAAGGACAACCUCAUUGGCGUCCGAUCCAUAUCCCAAGGCGGGAACUACCAUUUCAAUGAGACGACAUCCCUUAUGGAACUGGAGAUUAAUACUAAGUCUAAGCCUUUAUUGCCUAUUGUAUACACUUUUGAGGCUACAUCUGGUUAUCAAUUAGUAGUAGACCUGGAUGACACACAUAGACUACCCGGAAAUGGCUCCCAAAAUCUGUUGGCAAUCUAUGAGAGCACCAAUAGACAUAAUGGACAGCCUAUUAUUGAACUUCAAUCUCAGGCAUACCCGCCCCGUACUAUCGCCUCAAACACGAAUCAAUUUAAACUCGUAUUCAAUCAAUUGGUUGACUAUAAGCUAACUGUCCGUAAGGUUAAGGCUAAUGGUUGUUAUGCCAGGGCUGGGACCAGUUAUACCAGAUAUCUUAACACCACCUGUGAACCAAAAUGUUCAUGGUUAAUCCGUGGUCGACCCAACACUUCGGGCACCGUUAUCUUACAUUUCACCCAUAUAUCGCUACCUAAUUCAACGGAUCGGCUAACCCUACGAAUGGUGGGACGGGAUGUAAAAGCAAUACUCAAGUUUACUGGACCUUUCCACACGACUUCUAUACCCGAUGUCAUACUACCAUCCAAUGAGACCCAUGUGUUAUAUACUGAACACGAAUGCCUUAACCAGUCGUCCCCCUUAACAAUCACGUCAUUGUAUACCGUGUCGAUGACUUACUGGGAACGGGAUGUCAGCAACACUGAAUUGAUAUUUACGAAUUACUACCAUUCCCUCGAGUUUCAGACAUAUAAUCAUCCAAUGGAUUAUCCAUUUGGCAUGGACUACCAAUGGCAAGCUUACAGUACGUACGUUGGCAUAAAUUAUACCCUGGCGACAUUCAGUGACAUAUCACUACGAUAUAAUCAUUCGCUAAACAUUAAGAGCCUGAUCAAUUCAAAUACGUUUGGUGAUAAUGAACUACCACCAGACACAAUUUUCUCGCUACCCAUGAUUGCCAACCUAACCGCUAGUUAUCAAACCACUUGGAAUGAUCAAGUUACAUUUGGUGGGUUUCGGGCUAUAUUAUACCCGUUAGAGUGUGGUGGAAAUUUUAAUAUGACCAAUGAUUCACGGAUACAAAUAACUACACCCACUACGCUUACAAAUGUGACCAGGUGCGUUUGGAUUAUCAACACCGGUACGGGCUAUGAGGACAGUGUGUUGAAGUUAAAGUUUGUUGAUUAUUGGCGUAACGACUACAUUACCAUUUACGACUCAAACACAAUGAGGAACGGUAGGUUAUUGGACGUGAGAAAGGGUACUGUGCACAGUACCACAAAUACCAUAAUCAUCGAUUACAGUGUCCGUGCGUGCUCGUUUUGCUAUUCACUAUGGCCGUUGACAAUUAAUGUCUAUCGCAAGGAUUGUACGGAAUUCCGGUGCGGCGAUUGCAGGUGUAUUUCCACGAAAUACCGGUGCAAUGGUUAUAACGAUUGCGGCGAUUGGACGGAUGAAGUGUCCUGUACGUCGCCAACAUUACCACCGGCAACUCCCGAAACCAAGAUCAUUUAUCGUGAUAGAGAUGGUAAAAUGAAUUGGGUCUGGAUAGUGUUAUUUGUGGCAGCCCUGUCCAUUGUACUCGCUUCGGUGUUUGUCAAUUGUGUUGUCCAUGAAGUAUUAAAACAGCGCCGACACCCCACACCGAUAAUGCACUCAAUUCCCGAAUAUAAUGAAGUUGGAUAAACAGUGUUAUGAGCAAUUGAGCAAGAUUAUAAUAUCUUUUAAUGUUU